AUGCCGUUUCUCGCUCACAAGAAGUUGCCGGUCCCGACUCAAGAUCUUCUGUCUUGGAUUUUCGACAAGGCAGACUAUGACCCUGACAAACCAAUCUAUAUCGACACUUCAAACCCUUCGCGAACACUGUCCCUGAACCAGGGAUUGCAGAUCGUUCGCAAGCUCGCUGCUGGAUUCAAAGCCGCUGGACUGAAGAAGGGGGAAUGUGUUUGUGUUCACUCCUUCAAUGAUAUCUACUAUCCAGUCGUCUUCUUGGGGAUCCUCGCCGCAGGGGGCAUUUUCGUGGGGACGAAUCCUGCCUAUACGCCUUUCGAGCUGAAGCACCACCUCAAGACCUCAGGCGCAAAGUACGUCGUCACUGAACCUGAAUUGCUGGACGCAAUCAGGGCUGUGUCCGGCGACUGUGGCAUCCCUGACUCCAAUAUCCGCAUCUUCAAUAUCAAAGGCCAAGCAGUGCCCAAGGGGUUUCAGUCCUGGUCGGAGCUUAUGCAGCAUGGAGAGCAAGACUGGGAUCGAUUCGACGACGAAGAGAUUUCCAGCAGCACCCCCGCAGCAUUUCUGUUUAGUUCGGGCACCACUGGCCUUCCAAAAGCAGCGGUGAUAUCUCAUCAUAACCUGGUCGCCCAGCACACUCUGGCGAUUGCACCCGAUGUGGUGCCUUGGCAGGUCCGACGCCUUUUGUACAUGCCCAUGUUCCAUGCAGCCAUCGUACCCGUGGGCCACACGACGCCGUUCAAGGCAGGCCACGAGACGUACGUGAUGCGACGGUUCGAGAUGGAGGAGUGGCUGCACUCGAUCCAGGCAUUCAAAAUCACCGACCUGUCCAUCAGUCCACCGGUCGUGGUCAUGGCUCUGGCAAGUCCGCUGCUCAACCGCUACGACCUGACAUCGGUCAAAUGGUGCAGGUCCGGAUCCGCGCCGUUGGGCAAAGUGCAUCAGCGGGCGUUCGAAAAGCAUUUGGCCCCCGACGGCGUCUUCAAUCAAGUUUGGGGCAUGACGGAGACAACCUGUGUGGCAUCCAGGUUUUGGUAUCCCGAGAGUGACUCCACGGGGAGUAUCGGAAGAUUCAUUGCGAAUUUGGAUGUGAAACUAAUUGACGAACAAGGCAACGACAUCACAGCAAUCGGAGCAAAGGGCGAGCUUUUAGUGAGAGGUCCUACGAUCACGAGAGGCUACUACCGGAACCCUGCAGCCAACAGAGACGCGUUUGACCAGGACGGGUAUUUCAAGACAGGUGACAUUGUUUCUUGCGGAAGGAUCGCCGACGACAACAACGCUAUGCAGCCUGACGUGAGAAAUGCCGACGGAAAUGUGGGAGAGACGGCAGCCACAGCGAAGUGGUACAUCCAUGACCGAAAGAAAGAACUGAUCAAGGUGAGAGGCUUCCAAGUCUCGCCUGCCGAGCUGGAGAAAGUCCUCUUGCAGCACCCUGCUGUUGCGGACGCAGCGGUCAUCGGCGUCAAGGUCUACCGGGAUGCCACCGCCUCCUCCAACGAUCCCAUUGACAGCGGCAAGGAUGGAGAGCACCCUCGGGCCUAUGUGGUCCUCCGGCCGGGUAAAAGUGCCACGGAAGCAGAUGUGAAGGGGUGGUGUGCUCAACAUUUGGCCAAAUACAAGGCUUUGACCGGAGGGGUGAGAUUCAUCGACGCUCUACCAAGAAAUGCAGGGGGCAAACUCUUGAAGGGCGUGUUGAGAGAGCAGGCUGCAAAGGAAGCUGGAUUAGGUGGAUCAGAAAGGCGAAACAAGGCUGAGGACGGUCCUUCCAUCAGGGCCAAGAUUUGA